AUGGUACUCACCGCUGGGCGUGGAGGCCGUACUGGACAUGAUGAUGAUGACUCAGACGAAGACGAUGGGCACAGGAACACAGAUGAUGAAGACGAGGGUUCGGAGGAUCAGUUUCCAUCUCUCCUUUAUUCUUCUCCAAUCUUGUCAGAUCUGAGGAUCCAGAGAAAAACUGGAGCUGGAAAGAGCUUACCACUAAACAUCAUCCUGAGACAAGAGGUGUUUGAAACACACCUAUCUUCUGAAUCUGUAACUGAGGAAUGCCAACAGUAUCAGCAGAAGGUAGAGGAUAGAAAGAUCUCAGUGAUAGACACUUCAGGACUGUGUGAUUCAUCAGUCAAUGAAGAACAACUGAAGGAGGAAAGAGUGAAGUGUGACGAGAUGUCUGUUCUUGGUCCUCGUGGAUUACUGGAUGAAAAAUACAAGGAUGAAGAGCAGACAGUGAAAUGUAUUCAGGAGAACUUUGGAGAAGAAGCUGCACAUCACACCAUCAAUGUGUUCACUGAAGGAGAUCAGUUAAAUAAUCCUACAGAGAAAUCUAUGACAACAGAUGAUCAGAUUAAUGAGGCAGGUAAAGUCAGGUUUAAUGUCUUUAGUGACACAGAUGUUGAAAAUCGAUCACAGGUCACUGAAAUGCUAGAGAAGACUGACAAAAUGUUGGAGGAGGAUAAAGGACAGCAUUUCACAAACGAGAUGUACCAAGAAGUUCAGAGAAGGAAAGCAUUGAGUUUGGCUCAGAAAACCGCAUUUGUGGGAGCAGGCGUGUUAGGAGGAGCGAUUGGAGUAGCAGGAGCGGUUGUUGGAGGUGUAGCACAUGGAGCAAUUGGCUUAGUAGCACCACCUGUAGCUUUAAUAGCAGCAGGAGUUGCUCUCAUGGCAGAAGGAGGUUCAUUAACUAUCGAACAAGCAUUGAAAGCUUGCAAGGAGCAGAAGGGAAAUGAAGGAAACAAUGCAUAAUGGGUUACAAAUUCUGCAAGACCUAGAAUUACUCAAGGCCACUUAAGUUAAUAGGAGGAAGGAUCCAAACGGGAAGUUAUAAACAAUAAUUCAAGCAUGAUUACAAUGUUAAAUAUAAAUUAAGUGAAACUGUUCAAGUGCUCUGAUAAUCAUCUCAAUAUUAAUACUACUAAUUAUGUACUAUUACUGACUGUUGCUGACAAUGUUAUGAAAUACAGUAAAAAAAAAAAUGGUUAUUGAUCCUCAUUGUCCAAUAUUUAGCA